AUGAAUGAAUCAUUGUUUGUAGCUGUUGAUCGUGAUUGUGAAUUUCGGCAUUCCUCGAUUUCCGAUUUUGAUCGUGAUUGUGAAGUUGUUUUUCCCUCUUCUGUUGGAUUGCUUAAUUCAUUUGUUGAUCUAUUGGGUACUAGUGAUAAAAUUGUUUUUGAAGAAGCAACUAAAUUAGAGUUACUUGGUAAAGAUUUUAAUACUGAACAAGAAGCUUAUGAUAGUUAUAAUGAAUAUGCAUUUAGGCAUGGGUUUGGUAUUAGAAUUGAUAAGAGUAAAACACGAAAUGAUUAUUCUUUGAAGAUGAAAAGAUUUGUUUGUUGCAUUGAAGGUUGGAAGGAUGAUAAGGCUAAGAAUAAAAGGUUUAUGGACAUGUACAAGCAUUAUAUGAAACAUAAUCAUCAUAUGAUUCCUCUUGAAAAGAGACAAUUGUUAAGAUCUCAAAGGAGUGUUUCUAAAGAAAAUUUGCAAUUCUCGUCUGCAUUAAGGUGUAGUGGAGUUAAAAUUUCUGCAACUUUGAGAGCGAUGAAGAAGGAUAUUGGUGGUUCUCCUAAUUUAGGAUUUACGGGACCCGAUGCCUAUAAUGCUUUAUCUGCUGAAAAGCGAUCUUUAGUUGAUGGUUGUGACAGUCAUCAACUGAUCAAAUACUUUGCAAAAAGAUAA